AUGUCUGAAAAAAGAAGAAAGCAAUGAAUCCCUUUAGAAUCCAACCCAGAAGUCAUUACUAAAUACAUCAAUUCUUUAGGCUUCCCAACAACUUUGUAUUCUUUAACUGAUGUUCUGUCUUGGGAAGAAUGGGCUAUCGACAUGCUACCUCAGCCUGUUUUAGCAUUAUUUUUGCUUUAUCCUAUAUCAGAUCGCUCAAGAACUGCUCGUCAAGAAAGAGUCAGCCUCUGCGAAGCAGAAAACAGAGAAAUCUCUCAGAAUUUAUAUUAUAUGAAACAAACAGUAGGAAAUGCUUGUGGGACCAUAGCAGCGAUCCAUGCAAUUGCAAAUUCCUUAAAUUCUGAGCUGUUAAGCCAAAGAAUUAUUCUAGCAGAAGGAAGCUUUCUGCAGAGAUUUCUUGAUAGAACGUGGAAUUUAACACCUGAAGAAAGAGGCAGGCUAUUAGAAGAAGGCGAAGACUUAGAAAGUGAUAUAGAAAGCGAGCACCAGAGGGCUGCAGCAGAAGGCCAGUCGCGAGUUCCCGGCCACAACGAAAGGGUCGAUUUACACUUUAUUGCAAUUGUUCCUAAAGAUGGGUACAUUUAUGAGCUAGACGGCCGAGCUGGGAUCCCUAUAAACCAUGGCAGAUACUCAGCACCUCAAAAAUUCGCUAAAGAAGCCUGCCUAAAAGUAAUUAAAGAAGGAUUCAUGGAUGUCGACCCUGAAGAGCUUAGGUUCAAUAUCCUUGCUUUAGCUUCAGCUGAAAAUUCGUUCUAG